UUGAAAGUUGAAACGGAUACUUUUGGCAAUAGAAAAUCUUCCCCGAGAAUCGGCGAAGUUCUUCUUCUAUUUGGAAAAUUUGCAGAAGAGACCUAAGUUUUGUGAUUCUUCUCGUUUUUCAGGAUCGGCGAGAUCUAAAGUCUAAAAGAUGGCGAUAUUGUUGCUGAUUCACAUUUUAGUUCGAUUUGAUUGGAUCAAGUGGUUAUCACUGGUUACUUUUACGCUCAAGAAUCAGGGUUCUCCAUAGUAAUGGGGGAGUACUUAUUUCUCUGAUUGUUCUGAUGACUCCUCCUCAAGUUAAGCUGAAUGGAGCUAUUCAACAUUAGUUGGAUUGUGUUGUUGCUGAUAUUAAUUCCUCUGCGGCAGUAUUACCAAAAAGCAACAUUAUGAUAUAGUGAUUGCUUGGUUUGAUCAGGUGACGAAAUGUGCCUUUGGAGAUUUAGGAAUACUGUUCUAAAUAUAUGUGUUUCAACAGGUGUUGAAUCUCGUUCGAGUGUUUGGCCUGUUAUCACCGUCACUCACGAUGUAUCUUGAGGGGGGAGGUUUGAUCGAUGUUUUUAAAUCUCAUGGAUCUGACUAUCCAGAGGAUCCUGACAUAAUCAGCAAAGGGACUACAGGUUCAUGCUCGCAGAGUUCCAGUGGAAGCUGGAUGCUCAUAGAAGAAGCAAGAGAUAGUGCAGUCACUAGUGCAAAACAAGUACUGGAAAGAGGACUUAUGCAAUAUGGUUGUGCACAUUAUCGCCGAAGGUGCCGCAUUAGAGCUCCAUGCUGCAAUGAAAUAUUUGAUUGCCGGCAUUGUCAUAAUGACGCGAAGAACAGUAUUAACAUUAAAGGGAACCACAGACAUGAUCUUCCUCGCCAGCAAGUACAACAGGUUAUAUGUUCACUCUGUGGCACAGAGCAAGAGGUCCAACAAAUCUGCGUUAACUGUGGUGUAUGCAUGGGGAAAUUCUUCUGUGAUACCUGCAAGUUGUUUGAUGAUGAUACGUCAAAGGAACAGUAUCAUUGCAAUGGCUGUGGUAUUUGCAGAAUAGGGGGUCAGGAAAAUUUCUUUCACUGCUACAAAUGUGGUUGUUGCUAUUCCAUUCUGCUAAAGAAUUGUCACCCUUGUGUGGAAGGCGCAAUGCAUCAUGACUGCCCUGUUUGCUUUGAGUUUCUUUUUGAAUCAACUGAUGAUAUAAGCGUCUUACCCUGUGGACACACGAUUCAUGUGAAUUGCUUGAAGGAGAUGCAGCAACACUUGCAAUAUGCCUGCCCUCUUUGCUCCAGGUCUGUAUGUGAUAUGUCUAAAGUAUGGGAGAAACUUGACAUGGAGAUUGCAGCCACACCUAUGCCAGAAUCCUAUCACAAUAAAAUGGUCUGGAUACUUUGCAAUGACUGUGGAGCAAACUCAGAGGUCCAGUAUCAUGCUGUGGCUCAAAAAUGUUUGAAUUGCAAAUCUUACAAUACUCGCCAAACAAGAGGAGGAACAACACCGACGGCAUCAGCAACCGAAUCACAAUGAAGUUCAUACUUGUUCUUGUCAUGAUUAUCUGGUUUUCUAGGUAGAAACUUUUCUGUCCUUUUCUUUAGAAAUGUCUGAUUCUCAUAUUUUGACAAUGUAUUUUCAUAUCAUGAUAGUUUUGCAUGAAGAUUAGAGGGGAACUACAGAUGACCCUAAAAUUCUUUGGCGUUGCUAUAAUGUUGGUUAUAUAAUCGUUAAAGUUUUUGUUGUAAAUGGUAGGAAUUUCUCAAUAAACGGGGUUUAGGUAUUAACAUAACUUGUGACCCCUUUUCUUUUUAAGAAAUAUAUGAAAUGAUUGUUAGUUUGACGA